AUGAGGGAAACAGAAGGAAGAAUAGAAACCAGAGAAAAUGCUCACUCUGAAGCUGAUUCACUACAGACAGGACAUCCCAUGGUGACAAGGAGAAAACUUGGAAUAUUCAAACCUAAGGGAAAGGAAAGUUGUCUGAAUGCAGGAGUGUCGACAAUUUCAAACGAGGCUAGGCUUGUGGUCUCAGAAACUGUUGUUUUAAGGGACAUCUACAAUGUUGAUUUUCGCAUUCAAGACUCGAGGAUCUAUAAUGAGACUGUGAUCACAAUGGCCACCGAAAAUGCCGUUAAUGACUCCCAAGAACCCAACACUAUAGACCUGAAGCUCAGCCACGUCGAAACUAAUAUCGCCACUUGGAACGUCAGUGUUUCCUUGAAGUUGGGUGCCAAAGAAAUCGGGACUCCAAAAAUCACUGAUGGUAAGGUUGAAUUAUCAGGUGAUUUUACUAGAAUACACAUGCACGGUGAAGCUAUGACAACCACCCAAACACUGGAGACCACAUAUAAGGUUACUAUUCCGGCAAAGACUAGAGUAAGGGUAAGUAUGCUAGCAACUAAGGGUUCGUGUAAUGUUCCUUUCUCCUACACUCAGCAUGAUACUUUUACCCAUGGGCAACAAGUUACCUACUACAUGGAUGAUGGUGUUUAA